AUCUCCAUUUUCAAUAAUAUAGAUUCGUCAUUUGACUGUGUAGGCGCCAUUUUGUCUUACACUUAUAAUAUUAUACGAUAAGUUAGUAUUUAAUUAAAUGUUAGUAAUGAAUUUUAGUUUGCAAUAAUUAGGGAUAUUCAAUAUACAUCAUACAUAAGAAUGGAUGGGCCAAAUCGUGGAUUUCGUGGGGGACGCGGUGGCCCACCUGGAGGCCCGCGCGGUCGUGGCGGCUUUGACAUGAGAGGCCGUGGUGGGCCUGGUAUGAGAGGCAGAGGUGGACCACCACGGGGCGGUGGAAUGCCGCCACGUGGCGGUCCUCGUGGUGGAUUCCGUGGAGCGCCCAUGCGGGGCGGUGGAGAUCGCGGUGGCCGUUUCCCUCCUGGGCCUCAAGGACCAGGCCCACACCCUGUUCCUACAAUCGAAAGCAGAGGACCUCCACAAAGAGGUGGAUUUGGCAAUAACCGAGGUGGCCCUGGGGGUAUGAGAGGCCGUGGGGGCAGGGGCAGAGGUGACUUUGCACCUCGUGGAGACAGAGGAUCUGGAAGGGGUGGUCCACACAUGAGAGGUAGAGGAGGUAGGGGUGGCCAUGGGCAUCCAGGAGGCCCUCCGGGUGGUCCCCCAGUGGGCCCUCCCAUGCAUGAUCCACAUGAACCCAGCGGGCCACGACCAUUGCCUCAAGGAGCCCCAGCACCUGCGCCUUACAAACGAACAAGUGGACCACCACAUGGAGGACUAGGAGCACCUAAACGCGGAAGGUUUGAUGGCCCCCGUGGUGGUGGUAAUGGUGGUGGAAGACCCUCAGCGGGAGGUUACCAGCCCCCACAACACAAUCCAGCCCCACAGCCCAAUGGAUAUGAGCCAGUUCAUACAGGAUACCAACCUUACGAACAGCCACCGGCUGACCCAUAUGCAGUACCUUCAUACACCUCUAACUCAUAUCAAGGAAGCAGUUACUCAUCUCCGGCUCCAGCACCAACUUCAACAGGAUACAACUCUGGCUACGGUUCUAAUUAUGGCUACUCAACAGGCCAAGGCGGAUAUGAAAAUGAUAGUUACAGUAAUUCUGGUGGCGCCGGAGAUGCGGGCUAUGGAGCCAGCGAACCGGCCUACACUGCCCCAGAAUAUGACUCGUAUGGCCAGCCCGUAUACUCAUACCAGCAACACCAACAACCCCAACAGUACAACGCUAACUAUGCUGUCAAAUGAAGAGGUUUUACACUAUGCCAGUGUUCCGCAAACUUUUUGGAGGUACAACACACUAUAAAUCUGUCUUAAGUAAUCAAAUAAUAUCAUCAUGAACUUUAAAUGGCAGAAAAGUAUUUUAUGCGAAAUGUGAGGUGGUCUAUAUCUGGAGUAUUUUUAGAAGGGCUUUUUAAUAUUUAAAGAAAAACACUUU